GGUCUUUCGUUGCGAAAUGGCGCAGGUCUUGCACGGUUGUCGAUUAGAUAACUUGUAUUCUUCCGAAGAUCAAGUUCAAUAAAUCACCUUUAAAUUUAGAGGACUGCUGGUUGAGGUUAUACAUCACUGCUUCUAGAUUCUUGAAGAGAUCGGGAAAUUCGUAGCUAGACACGAUUCCGGUUAAGCCUUUUUAUUGCCAAGGGUUUGUUUUUACGAGCAAUGCAAGUUUUGAUAUAUUUGCAAUGUGGGAGUUUUGAGUCACAGAACUUGAACAACUUCUCCUUGCCCAAAGAAUAUCAAGUGGAAUAUGAAAGAAGUUUAUUCUGCAACCAUGUCUCGUGGUGAAUUUGGUAGUCCCUCAUAUGGUACCCUUUCUUCAGGUGUUAGAGUGAAUUUUGACAGGCCAUCAUCCAGAUACUCAGAAGGUGAUUUAGGUGAAAAUUUUCAGAUUCUCAGUGACAAUGUUAGUAGCAACAUCUUCCAAAUUAACAACAACACUGCUGCAUUGGAGCGCAUCUUUAAACAGUUAACAGCAGGAAAAGAUGGUCAAGAGGAAAAACUUCAUAGAAUACAGAAAGCUACAAAUGACCUUGCUGGUAAAACAACUGCCAUGUUGAAACAGAUGAGUUCUUAUUGCGUUGGAAAUAGUCCUACAGUGAGGCAACAGCGAUUACAACAUGAAAGAUUAAAGGGAGAUUUCAGAGAUUCAGUUUCACGUUACUACUCUGUUCAAAAUAAAGUGGUUGAAAAGGAGAAGCUUCUGGUGGGCUCAACAGGACUUUCACAGAGGCAAGAUAGUAGAAGAUAUGGAGAUGAUGAGUUUGGAAAUGAGAAAAGUGGCUUAAUGGAGGAUGAUCGUAGGAGGCAAGAGCAAGAGCAGUUGGACAUGCAGAUUGACAUUGAUCAAUCACUGAUAAGAGACAGAGAGGACAGAAUCCGACAGAUAGAAGGAGAUAUUCUAGACAUCAAUGAAAUAUUCCGAGACUUAGCAACUAUGGUUUAUGAACAAGGAGAUCUUGUUGAUUCAAUAGAAGCAAAUGUUGAACAAGCACAAAAUUAUGUGGAGGGAGCUAAUGUCCAACUCAGUAAGGCCAGUGUAUACCAGAAAUCAGCCCGUAAGAAGAUGUGCAUUUUACUUGUUAUUAUUGCGAUCGUUGGUGGAGUUAUUGGCAUAAUUAUUUGGCAAACAAAUUAACAAGCAUAAUUUUGACAGCAAAUUACUUCAAGAUGAAGAAUCAAACCAGUUAUGGUUUCCCCCCUAGUUCCAGAAACUGUCUGAAUCAAUGUUUCAUGAAAUUGGCAUAAGGUUUUGAAAGACUUGGAAAGAGUAUCACCUGGAAUAUGUAAACAUUAUUGGAAAAAAAGCAUGCAACAGUCAUGUGUUUUUCAAGGAAUAUUUUAUGGGUGUGACCUUUGGGUCAUGAUGAGGACUUUGGCUGAAAUUGUGCUUGCCAUACGUUCAAUAUAUGAAAAGUUAAAGUUUAUACAUACAGGAUGAAGUAAAACUUAAUUCAUUAGAUUGGAAACUGAAGGAUUACUUUAUUUCAACUAAUUGUUAAUGAAAUAAAAAGAGUUAUGAAGAA